AACUUUGUUAUUCAUCGCCAAUUUUCAAUAAUGCGCCAAGCUAAAAUUUAAUUUUUAGUAAAUUUAUUUAGUUAUAAGAUAAUCUGCCUCAAUUUAUUUACUGAAGAAAUUAAGAGAAUUUUGACGAGUUCUAUAAUCUGUGCUAUAAAUAGUUUUUUUAAAUUCCAUUUACUGAAUAUCCAGGAAUAAAGAAAGCUAUUUUGGCGUCCAAUUAAUGUGACUUUGACAGGUCGUCUCCAUUUUUAGUUCUAGCAACCAUAAGUGUUGUCAAAUCAAAUGCAAAACAAUAACAAACAAGAUGACACGAUAUACGAAUGGACCUGUUUCUCAAAUUAUUUGUCGCAAUUCAACAAAUGGGUUGAGUUGGUCUAACAAACUUAAUCUUUUAUUAAAUAGUUUCAAUUUGAAGCGUAAAAUAGGUCCCAAUGAAGAAGAUUGUAAGUCAUUUUCUAUUGGAGGAGAGCAAGUGGGAAUUAUUAGACCGGAUAUUUGGCAAGAACUUUCACAUUAUCCUGAUAUAUUUCGUUUUGAUGAAAAACGCAGCCAAGUAUUGCUCAAUCCUGAAUGGCGAACGUAUGAUGAGAGAAGUGAUAAAUUAGAUCAUUUUUUGAGACAAUUGAGGACAAAAAAUAUAUUUAGCACUUUAAAUGGCUGGAGAAAUGAGUGCUAUGAUGUGAGUUCAAAAUUUGGUGAUGUUCCUGUAAUGAAGAUGGAACGAUCUGCUACAUGUUUGUUUGGCAUUAAAAGGUGUGGAGUUCAUGUGAAUGGUUUUGUAAAGAAUGUUGAUGGUAGUAAAUCUAUCUGGAUCCAAAAGCGUGCUUAUACAAAACCUACAUGGCCAGGCAAACUUGAUAACAUGGUGAGUGGGGGUUUUUCUGUGGGAAUGACAGUUCUUGAAUGUGUGCAUAAAGAAGCUCAAGAAGAAGCAUCAUUGACUGAUGAAUUAUUGAAUGCUAUGAUACCAGUUGGCACAGUUUCAUUUAUUUUUGAAGAUGAAAGGGGCAUUUUCCCAGAGACUCUGUUUACUUUUGAUGUAGAGUUGCCUAUAGAUUUUAUGCCUACAAAUAGUGAUAAUGAAGUAGAAAGCUUUCAUUUAUACUCUGUUGAUGAGUUAAAAAAAAUAUUAGUUACUGAAGAUUUCAAACUAACUAGUUCUUUAGUUACACUGGACUUUUUAGUGAGGCAUGGCUAUUUAAACUGUGAUGAAGAGCCAUACUACAUAAAACUUUUGGAAACCUUGCGAACACCUUUACAUUAUCAACAGCCUGAUAAUCCUAAGGAUUAAAAGUUCUAUGUGCACAUCUUACUUUUUAUGUGUGAUUACUGAUUUUUAUGUGUUUUCAAAAUGUACACAUCUCAUUUUCAUAGUUUAUCUGAAAUCUGUGCAAGUUUUUUUAAUGUUAAUUUAUAGAAAUUUACCAUAUCAAAUGGUAACAUUAAAUGUACUUAUUACAUUACAAUUACACUAGAUCUAGUAAAGUAUCUAUCAUUGGGUACUGGUUAAUAAUGAACAAAUCUGCAUGGUGUUAAAAUCAUUUCUGUUGCAUUUAUAUCGGGGUUCAAAAUUAGUGGUAAUGUAAUUGAUCAGGGUUCAAAA